AAUUGUCUGUUGAGCUACUGUCCUUUGAGCAAUUGUCUGGUUAGCAAAUGUUCAGUGAGUUAUAAUCCGGUGAGCAAUUGUCCAGUGAGCAAAUGUCUGGUGAGCAAAUAUCUGGUGAGCAAAUGUCUGGUAAGCAAAUGUCUGGUGAGCAAUUGUCCGGUGAGCAAUUGUCCAGUGAGUUUUUGUCCUAUGUCCAAAUGUCUGGUGAGCAAUUGUCCGGUGAGCAAAUGUCUGGUGAGCAUCUAUCCAGUGAGCAAAUGUCUCGAUUGUCCUGUGAGCAAUUGUCUGGGGAGCAUCUGUCCUUUGAGCAAUUGUCUGGUGGUCAAAUGUCUGGUGAACAAUUGUCCAGUGAGCAAUUUUCCAGUGAGCAAUUGUCCGGUGAGCAAUUAUUGUCUGUGUCCAGUGAGUAAUUGUCCUAUGUCCAAAUUUCUGGUGAGCAAAUGUCCAGUGAGUAAUUGUCCUAUGUCCAAAUGUCUGGUGAGCAAUUGUCUGGUGUGCAAAUGUCCAGUGAGUAAUUGUCCAAAUGUCCAGUGA